GGGGGAGUUAGUUGCAUUGUCAUUGACAUGUUACAUCAUAACUGAGUCCUAAGAACUUUGCCUGCUUGCAAGAACAUGUUCAUUCCAUCUCAGCAGUGGAAAGUUAAAUCUGGAAAAUUCUUCCAAGUGUAUUUUUUUUUUCUUCCACUACAGUAGCAAUUAUGACUUAGUAGACAAGAAUUGGCAUCUCUUCGUUGCUAAGACACUGGACACUGUUUUUUCCAUAGCAAGGAAAAUCUGAAUUUCUCCAACACUCAAGAUGGGGAAAGAUUAUUAUUCUAUCCUGGGAAUUGAAAAGGGAGCUUCUGAAGAGGAUAUCAAAAAGGCUUACAGAAAACAAGCCCUUAAAUGGCAUCCAGAUAAGAACAAGUCUCCUCAUGCAGAGGAAAAAUUCAAAGAGAUUGCAGAAGCUUAUGAAGUGCUGAGUGAUCCCAAAAAGAGAGACAUUUAUGAUCAGUUUGGGGAGGAAGGUUUGAAAGGAGGAGCUGGAGGAUCUGAUGGACAGGGUGGUACCUUCCGGUACUCCUUCCAUGGUGACCCACAUGCAACAUUUGCAGCUUUCUUUGGUGGCACAAAUCCUUUUGAGAUCUUCUUUGGAAGGAGGAUGCCUGGUGGCAGAGACACUGAAGACAUGGAGGUGGAUGGUGAUCCAUUUGGUUCCUUCACUAGUUUUAGUAUGAAUGGUUUUCCAAGGGAAAGAAAUACAGUUGGUAGUCAGUUACGUCGUAAACAAGAUCCCCCUGUAAUCCAUGAACUCAAAGUGUCAUUGGAAGAGAUCUAUCACGGCUGCACAAAAAGGAUGAGGAUUUCACGUAAAAGGCUUAACCCAGAUGGUAGAAGUGUCCGAACAGAGGACAAAAUUCUUACUAUUGAGAUAAAAAGAGGAUGGAAAGAAGGUACCAAAAUCACUUUUCCAAAAGAAGGUGAUGAAACACCUAACACGAUUCCAGCUGAUAUUGUUUUUAUCAUUAAAGAUAAACCGCACUCUCACUUCAAGAGAGAUGGAUCAAAUAUUAUCUAUCCUGUUAAGAUCAGCUUAAGGGAGGCUUUGUGUGGCAGCUCCAUCAAUGUGCCAACGAUAGAAGGAAGAACCAUACCUAUGACAGUAAAUGAAGUUGUAAAGCCUGGGAUGAGAAGAAGAAUUAUAGGAUAUGGUUUGCCAUUUCCCAAAAAUCCUGACCAACGUGGAGACUUAAUUAUAGAGUUUGAAGUCAUCUUCCCAGAUAACAUUUCUCCAGCAUCAAAAGAAGUACUUAGGCGAAAUCUUCCAGUUUCAUAAAAUGAAGACUGCAUAUGUCAACAGUUUAAAUAGGACACUGGAAAUGCUGAGGACUGGCAAGUCUGUGCUUUAAAAGUGCAAUCUGUAACAACUAGUGGAAUAUUUGUUUUUUUUGUUUGUUUUGUGGGAUGGGGGGGGGAAGUACUGUAACGCUGCAUGACAAGUAAAGGGUUAAGUGCAAGUCAUACAGGUGAUUUCUGCAGUAAAAUUUACAGGGAAAACCAUUCAUUUAUUUUUACAUCUUCCUAACCAGAAAAGUCUAUUCAUUAUUUUGCCUAAUGUGAAAUGUAGUCGGUUUUUACAAAGUCAGCACAUCUUUCUGAUACAAUACUUGAGCCUCCAAGUAUUUCUUAUAUCCCUACAUUAUCUAGAACAUUACCCAUUUAUACAGAAAUUGGAGAUAGUAAUAAAUAAAUAUUUUAAAGAGCAAAACAUGAAAAAAUACCGUUUUUGUAUGUUGCCUUCCACUGCACAAAGCAUAGGCUGGGAAAAUCAGCUUGGACUCCUGAACCACCCCCAGUGGAAUUAAAUCAUUUUCCUUACUGCCCCAGAAUGUGUGAGAUAUUACAAGUCUAGCAAAGGGCAUGUGGCUGAAGGACCAGGAGUAGCCGUUAGCUAUGGAUAGUUCCUCAGCCUUCGGGCAGAACAUCAAGAAGAGAUUCUGCAAGUACAUAAACAGCAAAUGGUAGGCCUGCUGUCAAGUGGGGUAGGGAAGAUGUGGUACUUGGUGCCUUCUUUGCAUUAGUCUCUACCAGUAAAACAAGCCUUUGUGGUUGCCAGGCCCCUGAGACUAGAGGGGAAGUCUGGAACAUUGGUGUGGUAGGACCAGAAUAGGGUGCAUUUAAACUGAAAGUCUAUGAGCCUGACAGGUUGCAUCGCUAACUGUUGAGGAAGAUGGCCAAUGCCAUUGCAAGGCCACUCUUAAUUAUCCGUGAAUGGUCAUGGAGAUUGGGAUAUCUUCCAGUAGACUGGAAAAGAAAAAAAAUAUUACUCCUAUCUUCAAGAAAAACAAGAAGGAAGAUUUGGGGAGCUACAGGCUAAUCAGUUUCACCUUAAUCAUUGGGAAGGUAAUGGAGAAAUCCUCUUGGAAAGCAUUUCCAAAGACAUGAAGGACAAGAAGGUGAUCAGGAGUAGUCAGCAUAGAUUUACAAAGGGGAAAUCAUGUUUGACCAACCUUAUUGCCUUUGACAGAGACAGCUAGCUUUGUGGAUGAUGGGAGAACAGUCCAUGUUGUUUACCUUUGACUUUAGUAGAGAGACUGAUAACAUACAGGUUUAACAGUGCAAGUGUAAAGUGAGGAAGACUAAGUACUGGCCAAAUGAGUGAGCACAGGGGGGUUUUAAUUAGUGGCACAAAGUCCAUUUGGAGGUAAGUCAGUAAUGGUUGUACCCUGUGACUUAAUACUGGGGUCAAUACUGUUCCAACACCUUCAUUAAUGACAGAGAUUGUGGGAUGGAGUGCAUCCCUCAGCAAGUUUGCAAACCAUAUAAAAUUGGAAAGAGUGGCUGGUAAUACCAGAUGAUGUACUGCCUUUCAAAGCGACCUCAUUGGGCUGGAGAACUGGACAGAGGAUUCUCACAAAGUUCAACAUGGGGGAUUGCAAAGUCUUGCUCCCUGAGGAACAACCCAAAGCACUAGUACAACCUAGGAGCUGACUGGCUGGAAAGCAGCUUUGCUGAGAAAGACCUUGGGGUCCUGGUGGACAACCAGCUGACUCUGAGCCAGCAAUGCGCCCUUAUGGCAAUAAAGGCCAGAGCUUUGGUAGCAGGCUGAGGGAGAUAAUCCUUCCUUUACUCUUGGCACUGAUGAGGACGCAUCUGGAGUGCUGUGUCCGGUUCUGGGCUCCCCAGUACAAAAAAGAUAGAAACUUACUGGAGCAAGUCUAGCACAAGGCUGUGUAUGAGAGACUGGGAAAGCUGGAGCUCUUCAGCUUGAGAAAGAAAAGACUUGGGGGAGAUCUUACCACUGCAUAUAAAUACAUAAUGGGAGGCAGUGAAGAUGGAGGAGCUAGGCUCUUCUCAGAAGAUCUCAGUAACAGGACUGAGAGGCAGUGGACUUGAGUUAAAACACCGAUUCCAUCUGAAACACAAAGAAACAGUUUUUUAUGUGAGGGUGGUCAAAUACUAGAACAAGUUGACCAGAAAGGUUGAGGAGUCACCAUCCCUGGAGAUACUCAAAACCUGACUGGACAUGAUCCUGGGCAGCCUGCUGUAGCUGACCAUGCUUGAGCAGGGGUCUCAGACUACAUGAUCACAAGAGGUUCCUUCUAACCUAAAUGAUUCUAUGGACUUGGACUUAGCACUUGGUAAUAGUGCUAUAGGCCAUUCUGCAAACCAGGCUUAGCCCAAAGAUGGAUGGAAAGAUGCACAAAGAACAUUGUAAAAGCAUUUAGCUAGUGCAGGUAUUUAAAGAUCAUUCUGAUCGCAAGUAUAUGUUGUUUUCAAAGGCUGAAUUUUACUCCCAUGAAGAAGGAAAAGCCCAGGUCCUAGCUAAAGGAGAGCUUGCUUACAACACAAAGUGGGGUGGGGAUUGCCCAUGAACUUUAAUAUGCUUGAAUUGAGUCUUUUUUGAAUACAGAUAGGAGUUACUUGUCUUUAGAGUUAGAAGAUGCAUAGGGAAAUGGAGAGCCUGCCAUAAUAGUCUAGUUUUAUAAUACAGUAAUAGGGCUGGUUCCCUUGAUUGCGGUAUGAUUUUGGUUGAAAGAAAUGCUUCUUUGCGGGCAUGCUUUAUUACCUGAGUUUAAAAUCAUAAUACAGUAUUUUAACAACACAUUCAAGGUUUGGGAGUUUUUUUGGUGGUGAGCUUUUUUCUUUUUUUUUUUUUUUUUUUUUCCUUCAUAGGAAAAUACGUAGGAUUUGCUGUCAGCCUUUUCCCUGUGGAAAUAUAGUAGUUACCUGCUCUGUUAGGUAGCUUAAGAAAUAGCAGCAUUAUAUUCAUAUAUGUGAUUUUCUGCAGGAAAGUAAAUCAUAUGAAAGUUGGGAUUUAAUUUUUACAAUAACUUCAGUGAGCACAAGAAUAAUCCCAUUCUGUUACUCGAAGGAAUAGCACUUCUGGGAGAUACUGUUCGAAUCAAUAUUUCAGCUGCAGAUCUCUUCAUACAGUGUCAGCUAGCUGUAGUCUUACAUCUAUGAGGAACUAAAUUGCUGGAGCAGUAUCACAAAGGAAAAAAAAAAAAUUGCUGCUUAGUGCUUAUGCUUAUUGUUAACACUAUAUAUUGUUUGUUCAAAAAAUUCCCAUUUCAGUAUGUUCUGUAUUGCAUUUCUUAUGUGGUUUUUAAGUAAAAGAUGUAAAGUUGUUUUUUAACUCUCUUUUGUUAUGAUGGCAGAUGCUAUAAGCUACACGACUUUAAAAGCAUAUCAUCCUAAAUUGCCUGUUUGUCAGUUUAAAAGCUAAUGGAAUUGAGCAUUUUGUAAUCCAGGGUCUUGUAACCGUAGUCAAACUUGUAAAAAAAAAAAAAAAGUUACAGCAACUAGGACUAUUUUUUGUAACCAUCUUCAGGUAAGAGGAUUAGUAUUAAAUUGAGGAAUUGCAGUAUCUUGUGUAUUUAGAGGUGUAUAUAUAUAUGUAUAGCAAACUAAACUUUUUCAACUGUUUUCAUGCACAAAAUACAGAACUAUAUGACUGGUAUGAAA